UAAACAAGAUGAAGACCUUACUUUUCUAUUUAAUAAUCUUAACCCUUCUACUCACUUUUACUUAUCAAAAAGAUGCUCAUCUAACACAGGCUUGCAACAAGUGUCUUGGAGAUCCCUUCAAAAAGUGGUGUAGGCCGACUAACAAUGAAGACGGUGGAAUUUGAUGAGAUCUUAAUGAUCCUAACGCUGCUUGUCAGCAAGGUGAAGCGAACGUGUGUUCAAAUCAAAAACAGUUUACCUCUUCAAGUGCUAAGCUGCUCUGCCCCUCUGGAAUUAAAGCUUGCCAAGCUCAUGUGGAAAAGGAAGUCAACAACAAAGAACAGAAGAUUACAUAUCAAGUGCAUAUGGAUCAGAACGACCUUUGCUGGUUCAAAGUUUAGUCAUUGAAACAGUAAAAAAUCAGAAAUCUGCUCGGCUACAACCAUUUAUUUUUGUCUGAAUGCCUAUCUUUUUGAUAAAAAUAAGACUUCUAAUAACAUUUCAGGGAACAUGGCAAGCACUCAACUCGAAAUAUAUGCCCAAAGGAAUGAACUAGAUUACCAAAUUAUCAACCAAGAAGUUAAUUUUCAGACAAUUUCCAUUCCCAUUGAGAAAGAUGUUGAGAAUAUCUAUUUCCUACUCCAGUCCUCGAAAGAUGAGGCUUAUGCUAGUUUUGAAGUACAAAUUAUUCCACAUGAACAUCAUGAUAGAGGACGAAAGCAUCACACUCUAUUACAUCAUAUUAUAGAAACAGUAAUUCAUCUUAUCAUAAUCGAUGGAAUCCUUAUGAUGCUAGUGUCAGGAACUCUUUAUUUCAUUGGGUUCAAUCACAAGCUCGUCUGAAUACGUGUAAAGAAGUUCAAUGAAGCUCAAGAGAAAAAGACUCAAAACGAAAUUCAGGCUAUCAAUGACGAAGAAAGAUGAGCAGUUCAAGUCUUUCCAUCUCCCUUGCCGGAUCUUAACUCCAAAGAUCAGAGUAUUGAUCUUAAUACAUCAAAAAACUACACUGAAAGAAUUAGCACUCCUGCUUUAAAGAAUCCAGGCUUCAGUAUUGUUAAAGAUAUAUUUUUGAAGAGAGAGAGCUUCUAAACCAUUUUAUUUCUCAAAUUAAUAAUAUUUCACGACUACUAGCUAAGUACUUCAAC